GCCGGGGGAAGGGUCUGGGCAGGUCGGGAGCGCGUCCGUGAGUCCGGAGCAGCUGCGGCGUCGGUGGCGUCGGGAGCGAGCCGUCCGGGAGCGGCGCGGGUGGUGGAGGAGGAGCCAGGGUAAGCGGCGCUCGAGAGAAGUUGUGCUGCAGAUCAUGGGACCAGCAGUCCCUGAGAUUUAGGAAUGAAAGACUUCAUUGAUUUACCAUUGAGUUCGGGGGAUUUGAAGCCAUUCCUAAGUUUGGUGACAGAGGACCCUAGUAAGUGCAGUCCUCGAUUUUGGGAGGAGCUCUUCCUUAUGAAGGUGAAUUUAGAGUACCUAGAAGGCAAGCUGGAAUCUCUUGAUGGUGAGGAGUUAAUGAAGAUCAAGGACAAUAUUAAUUGCUUAUUUCAACACUGCAUCCAGGCUCUGGGAGAGGAGCAUCCAAUUCGAGUGGUCAAUGCAUUGCAGACCUUGUGUGCACUCAUUCGAGGAGUCCAUCAAAAAAAUAAGUCUACCUCUGGGUUUGACAUUAUCAACAUGCUGAUGGGCUUUGACAAGGCGGAGCUGUGCAUGAAGAACUUGAUGGAGAGUUUGGAUUCACUGCUUUGUGCAGAAGGUUCUGAAAGUCUGAAGAGCUUAUGUCUGAAACUUCUCCUCUGCUUAGUGACUGUGACAGAUAACAUCAGCCAGAACACUAUCCUGGAGUAUGUAAUGAUCAACAGCAUAUUUGAAGCAAUUUUACAGAUACUCUCCCACCCGCCAAGUUGUAGGGAACAUGGGUAUGAUGCUGUAGUCCUCUUGGCUUUGCUGGUGAACUACAGAAAAUAUGAGUCUGUGAAUCCUUAUAUUGUGAAGCUGUCUAUUGUGGAUGAUGAAGCCACGCUCAAUGGAAUGGGGCUUGUGAUUGCUCAAGCUUUAUCUGAGUAUAACAGGCAGUAUAAAGACAAGGAAGAAGAACACCAGGGCGGUUUUUUCUCUGCUUUAACAAAUAUGGUGGGCAGCAUGUUCAUAGCAGAUGCCCAUGAGAAAAUCUCAGUGCAAACCAAUGAGGCCAUCCUUCUGGCACUUUACGAAGCUGUUCAUUUAAAUCGCAACUUUAUCACAGUGUUAGCCCAGAGUCAUCCAGAAAUGGGCUUGGUGACAACCCCUGUCAGCCCUGCUCCAGCAACCCCAGCCACACCGCUGGGGACCACGCCGCCCUCCUCUGAUGUUAUAAGUUCUGUGGAACUCCCACUGGAUGCAGAUGUACAGACCAGUAAUCUACUGAUAACCUUCUUAAAGUAUAGCUCGAUUGUCAUGCAGGACACCAAAGAUGAGCACCGGCUUCACAGUGGCAAACUCUGUCUGAUUAUCCUUACGUGUAUUGCAGAGGAUCAGUAUGCCAAUGCAUUUUUACAUGACGACAACAUGAAUUUUCGAGUAAACUUACAUAGAAUGCCUAUGAGACACAGGAAGAAGGCAGCAGACAAGAACCUUCCCUGCCGUCCUUUGGUAUGUGCAGUACUGGACUUGAUGGUAGAGUUUAUUGUAACACACAUGAUGAAGGAGUUUCCUAUGGAUCUCUAUGUGCGCUGCAUUCAGGUAGUACAUAAACUACUUUGCUAUCAGAAGAAGUGUAGAGUACGCCUGCAUUAUACCUGGCGGGAGCUCUGGUCAGCCUUGAUAAAUUUGCUGAAGUUCCUUAUGUCAAAUGAGACUGUACUUUUGGCCAAACACAACAUUUUUACCUUAGCCCUUAUGAUUGUGAACCUAUUUAAUAUGUUUAUCACAUAUGGCGAUACAUUCCUGCCCACCCCCAGUAGUUAUGAUGAACUCUACUAUGAGAUUAUCCGCAUGCACCAGAGCUUUGACAACCUCUACUCCAUGGUCCUGAGGCUUUCUACGAAUGCAGGCCAGUGGAAAGAAGCAGCUAGCAAGGUGACCCACGCGUUGGUUAAUAUCAGAGCCAUCAUCAACCACUUUAACCCCAAAAUUGAAUCCUACGCUGCUGUGAAUCACAUAUCCCAACUGUCGGAGGAGCAGGUGUUAGAGGUAGUGCGAGCCAACUAUGACACGCUCACACUGAAGCUGCAAGAUGGCCUGGACCAGUAUGAGCGCUACUCUGAGCAGCACAAGGAAGCCGCCUUCUUCAAAGAGCUGGUUCGAUCCAUUAGCACCAACGUCCGGAGGAACCUGGCCUUCCACACACUCAGCCAGGAAGUCCUGCUCAAGGAAUUCUCCACUAUCUCCUGAGGCUGCCAUGCAUACCUGGGCAGCCACUGACUGCCCUUACCCAUGAGGCUUCCUGGGCUGGAGGCGGGGGCGAGGGGAGAGGGCCUGUUCCCAAAGCUGGAGAAAAACACAGAUACCGAGGUCUCUCGGUGAAGGCCGCACUUCAGUGGAGCUUGGACAGCAGGGGCCAGGAUGGGCAAGCCAAGGAUAAUCUUAUUUGGGGAGAGGAUGGGUGGGCACAGGGAGACACCUUCAGAAAUGUGGGGACUUCCAGGGUGGGCUCUCUGGACAACCCCUCAUAUUUCCAAUUGAGAUUACAAGUUGUGGCUACUGACUAAUUUUCAGGAGCUGUUGGGUAAGCCUUAGGGUGAUGCCAACACCUGGGGGGUCAGUGGUUCUCCUAGGCUUCUGAAAACAGACUCUCAGAUGUAGGGGGAGCCAGUUCUGCUUCCUUUGUGCCCGGAAAUCUGUGUCCCCUGCCCCCACCAGCACUUGGCCCUUAGCUCAGGCUUAGGGUGAGGUAGGAAUGGGAUACGUUUUUUCUAUUUUCUGAAUCCAGAGCUGACUCCUCUGCUGUCUGACCACCACUUUGUGGAUUUGAUUCUUGGCACCGGGAGUACCUGUUUGCGUUCCCCUGCCUUCCAGCCCAUUGACUCGUCAGCACUACAGGGUCACCACCUUAGCUUUUCAUUUUCAAUCUGGUUUAAAUUGUCUUUAGGGUGUGUGUGUGAAAUAAACAUGGACAGGUUUUCUGGAGCCCUCAGGUGCCUACUUUGCUGGUUCCCUUUCCAGCAGCUUCCCCACCUCCUUAGCUACCCCCUCCUCUGGGAGCCUUUCUUGCGCCUGCUGAGCUCCCCUCCACGUGUUCCACCCCCUCACCUGGCUGUUGUUUACAUCCAGCCUGCGUGAGAAUUUCCUCUGGGGAGGAAUCUGUUGCUGCUGUGGUCUGGUGCCUGGCAGAGAGAGAACUUGCUGGGGCCAGGCUCUGAAACAGGCCAGGUGAGCAUCAUGGAGAGGCCGACCUUUGGGAAGUUGGCCUAUGGUUCCUUCUCUGGACAGCCUCCUUGGGACUACUGCUGUAGGCUUUCCUGCCCCACAGCUGCCUUUGAAGUAGCUGCUGCUCUGAGAUCCUCCCUUUCUAAAGCACUUUCUGAAGCCCUCAGGAUGGUAGGGGGCAAGCAGCACAGGAAGAAUCUGGGAGUAAGUACCAGAAUCCAGCCGUGAGAGCAGGUCUGGGACCUCCCCGGCUGCUAUUCCACUUGACUUCAAAUCUUUUUGGGGUACUCGCCCUCCCUGGGAGUCAGAGUUCCGACUCCAACAUUGAGCAAGUUCCAGAGAAUCCACCAUCGUGCUGCCAUGUAUAGUUGUAGAUUCUUAAGGUAUCAAGGGCAGGGUCAUCUCUGAUCACUAGAUGGAUAGUCCAGCCUGGGGCAUUUAGUGUUUUCGACAGUGAUAAACCCCAGAGGAGCAGGAGCUGGAAGCUGGUGGCAAGUUGAAGUUAUUAAAAAUUGAUUUGUAUGGGA